CAUGAUUUCCAACACCAAGUGUUAUACUUUUUUUGUAUAGGAGAAAAAAAAAAAAGAAGAAAAAAACAAAAGUUAUGGAAAAGGUAGAAGAGAAAGGUCCUGCUGAAGGAAAAGAUGAUUAUACAGAAGAUGGAACUGUGAAUCUCAAAGGCAAACCCAUUUUAAGAUCAAAAACGGGCGGGUGGAGAGUUUGUUCCUUCAUUGUAGGAUAUGAGGUGUUCGAGAGAAUGGCAUAUUAUGGGAUUGCAUCGAACCUAGUUGUGUAUUUGACCGGGAAGCUCCAUGAAGGAACUGUCACUUCUUCAAACAAUGUCACAAACUGGGUUGGCACUGUUUGGAUGACUCCUAUUCUAGGUGCUUAUAUUGCAGAUGCACAUCUCGGCCGAUUCUGGACUUUUGUCAUUGCUUCAGCCAUUUAUCUCUUGGGGAUGGGCAUAUUAGCCAUAUCAGUUUCUGUACCUGCUCUUAGACCACCAUCAUGUGGGGAUGGAAUUAAAGAAUUGGACUGUCACAAACGAGCAACAAAACUCCAAGUGGGUAUAUUCUAUGGUGCAUUGUACAUAAUUGCACUUGGAACUGGGGGAACCAAGCCCAACAUCUCAACUAUGGGUGCUGAUCAAUUUGAUUAUUUCGAACCAAAAGAAAGGAUUCAAAAGCUCUCCUUUUUUAACUGGUGGAUGUUUAGCAUUUUCUUUGGAACCCUUUUCUCAAACACCUUCUUGAUUUACAUACAAGACAAUGUUGGAUUUGCUGUUGGCUAUGGUCUUCCAACAAUAGGGCUUGCCUUUUCAGUAAUGGUGUUCUUAAUAGGCACUCCAUUUUAUAGGCACAAAUUGCCUUCAGGAAGUCCUAUCCCUAGGAUAGCUAAGGUUCUUGUGGCUGCUAUAAGGAAGUGGAAGUUAUCUGUGCCAAAUGACCCGAAAGAGCUUUAUGAGUUCAAGUUGGAAGAAUAUGCAAAAUCUAAGAUAUUCAGAAUCGAUCAUACCCCUGCAUUAAGAUUUCUUGACAAAGCGGCUUUAAAGAACGGACCAACCUCGCCAUGGUUGCUAUGUCCGGUGACCCAAGUCGAAGAAACCAAGCAAAUAAUCAAAAUGAUCCCAGUGUUGCUUGUAACCCUCAUACCCAGCGCAGUCGUAGCUCAGGUUGGCACCCUUUUCAUCAAACAAGGCACCACUCUGAACAGGAGCAUUGGUCCAAAUUUUAAAAUCCCUCCAGCAUGCCUCACAGCAUUCGUCACAAUCUCCAUGCUCAUAACCAUUGUAAUCUAUGACCGAUUCUUUGUUCCAUUCAUCCGCCAGUACACAAAGAAUCCACGAGGGAUCACAUUGCUACAGAGAAUGGGCAUUGGCCUUGUUUUACACACCAUUAUCAUGGUGAUUGCUUCCUUGGUUGAAAGAAAGAGACUUAGUGUUGCAAGAGAAAACCAAAGAUUAGAUUAUGAUGAUAUAGUUCCUCUUACAAUUUUCAUUCUCCUGCCUCAGUUUGCUUUGAUGGGAAUAGCUGAUUCCUUCGUGGAAACAGCAAAAUUAGAGUUCUUUUACGAUCAAGCACCUGAAGGGAUGAAGAGCUUGGGAACCUCAUAUUUCACAAGUAGCCUGGGAAUUGGGAGUUUCCUCAGUAGUCUUCUUCUAUCUACAGUUUCAGACUUCACUAGGAGAAAUGGGCACAAAGGUUGGAUUUUGGAUAAUCUAAAUGUGUCUCAUUUAGACUACUAUUACGCUUUCUUGGCUGUGCUGAGCUCUCUUAACUUCAUUGUCUAUUUGUUUGUUGCCAAGUCCUUUGUUUAUAAUGCUGAUGUGACUGAAUCCAAGAGAGACUUGGAGAUGGAAAUUAGUUUGCCGGAAGUUCCAUCUCAGGGAAAUGAAGGCAAAAAUUUGAUUGUUUCUUGAAAUUGUAUACAUCCCACAUACUCCAAUGAAGGAGCACUGCAAAGUGUAACUCCAAGAUAUAAUGUAAUGGAAGAUAUGCUUGUUGGUU